UAUAUGAGUUCCAGCACUGCAGGGAUGAGGAGAUAUGCCAUGCAGCAAGAGGGACAUUCUGGGAACUUGAGAAUAUAUCCAAGUCAUCUAUAGGAUCCUCUGUGUCUUCAUCAUUAUCAGCAGAUAAGGAUCCAAGCCAGCCUCACAUUAUGAUAAGUUACCAGUGGGACUCCCAGGCAGUUAUGAUGAAGGUCAAGGACAGGUUAAGGCAGGCAGGAUAUAAAGUCUGGAUGGAUAUAGAACACAUGACUGGGUCAACUUUAGAAGCUAUGGCUCUAGCUGUCGAGAAAGCUGCAGUUGUUUUAGUGUGCAUGUCACAGAAAUACAAGGACAGCCCAAACUGUAGAACAGAAGCAGAGUAUGUUUAUAGAUUAAGAAAAGACUUUGUACCGUUGCGACUUCAGAGGGAAUAUAUACCGGAUGGUUGGCUAGGAAUCCUUGUUGGAACACGGUUAUACUUUGACAUAUAUUCCGAGGACCAGCUAGAUGUCCAGGUUCCAAGACUGGUAAAAGAGUUGCGUGAUAGAGGAAAAAUUAGUCCAACACUAGAUCAGCCUGAUCAUUCUAGAUUACCAAUAGUGCCACAAAGGAUGACAUCGAGGGAGGCUGUUCCGAUCCUUCACCACCCAGCAAGUCCUACUGUCUCGAGUUGGACUCCUAUUGAUGUUAAACAUUGGCUUACAUCUAUUGGUCUCUGUGACUUUGUACAGAAUUUUGACGAUAUUGAUGGCCUGCUAAUUCUGGAAUUACAGAAGAUUCAGGAGUCUGCACCGGAAUAUUUUCACACCAUUCUACGCAACGAUUUCAGCCUUACAGUAACAGAAGCCCUCAAAUUGUCCAGACAUCUCAGGCAGUUGUCUUAAUGUAUGUCUGGUGAUUUUGUGUACUUUAAUUUCAACAUAGGUUGUGUUAACAGAAAGGUCUAAUAUUACUAUAUUAGUAGCUCUUAGAAUGGCUUUAAAUUCUAUAAAGUAAUGAAAAGAACAAUGGAAAGAUAAAUAGGGUAAUCACUGUUUUAUCAGUUUGUGUGGAAAGUCAGUCUGUCACAUUUGCCGACCAUUUCUCAUGACACCUAACCUUCAUUUAUUGACUAAUACAGAUAUAAAAUAAAUGUGUUGAUAACUUUGAACAGUCAGUUGAACUCAAUGUUUUUGUUGGGUUUCACAUUGAUUGGACAAAGGUUGAAGAAUCUCAGACUAAAUAGAAUUUUUUUGAAAUU